AGUGGGCUUUGCUUGAUAGUGAAUGUGAAGCCCUGUGCAAAUGAAAACACGUGUGAAGCCACGCUGGGUAGAAAUUACGCACCGGUGCGCACUGCGCGUCAGCCAGCCCCGACCAGAACAACUUUUAACAGCUUCAUAAACAGUUUCAGCAUAUAAGGCACCGAGUAGAUUCUGAUCAAGUAUCACAUGAACCGUCCAAGUUCGCGAGUAUAGGAUAUGUUGUAGCCUUGCCUGGGCUCGGCGGAAACGGAUCGACUUUUGAAUAUUUCCGAUAAAAACCGAAAUGGACUCGUAGCUGGAGUGGUUGUAAAACAUUUAAGAGCUCUCGCCCGGUUUAAAAAAACAUUUAUGUGUCAUGUCGGAUGAAAAUAAUUCAGUGGAGCCAGACAUUUGCCCUGAAAGUGAAGAAUGUCCUGCGGAGGAUUCUUUUGGCUUUGGAGACGAUCUGGAGUUAAAUCAGUUUGAUGGAUUGCCCUUUUCCUCGCGGUACUACAAAUUACUAAAAGAGAGGAAAACUCUGCCAGUGUGGAAAGUCAGGUGCGCCUUUGAAGAUGCUCUAGUAAACAAUCAACUGGUGAUUGUGUCUGCGACAGCAAAGACUGGGAGGAGUACACAGAUCCCUCAGUGGUGUGCAGAGUUCUGUCUGUCUGCUCAGUAUCAGCAUGGCAUGGUUGUGUGCACACAGACUAACAGACAGCAGGCUGUUGAUCUGGCUUUACGUGUGGCGGAUGAAAUGGACGUGAACAUAGGCCAUGAAGUGGGUUACACCAUCCCUCUGCAGACCUGCUGCUCCUCCGACACUGUUCUCAGGUACUGCACCGAUGACAUGCUGCUUAGAGAGAUGAUGUCGGACCCUUUUCUAGAGCACUACGGGGUCAUUAUAAUCGACCAGGCCCACGAGAGGACAGUAAGCACAGACAUACUGCUGGGUCUCCUCAAGGACAUCCUGCUGCAGAGGCCCGACCUCAGAGUGGUGGUCCUCGCUAUCCCACCCGUGACCGACAAGCUGCUGAGCCACUACGACGGCGUCCCGCUCAUCAGUGUGGAGGCCUCGUCUCCUGCCGAGGCGGUCCACAGCAGCAGCGGCAACAAGGACUACUUCUUCUCCGCACUGAGGCUGGUGCUGGAGAUCCAUCGAACCAAAGAGGAUGGAGAUGUUGUUGUGUUUUUUGCCUCAGCUGAGGAGGUUCAUUGUGCUCACAGCAUCCUUCGGAGAGAAGGCACCAGGCUGGGAGCGGAGCUGGGCCAGAUGGUGCCUGUGGUCCUGUGCCCGGGCCAGGGAGGGCUACUGCCUGAGAUCAGUGAGCAGCCAGACCUCUCCAAGAGGUCCAGGAGGGUUUUCCUCUCUAACAAACAUGGGGAGGAUAUGUGGCGGGCCACAGAGUAUGUCAACUUUGUCAUCGACACAGGAAUCCAGAAAAAGAUGGUGUACAAUCCAAGAAUAAGAGCUAACUCUGAGGUACUUCAACCCAUCAGUCAGUGUCAGGCAGACAUACGCAGGCAGCUGUCUGGACCAACAGGUAAAUGUUUCUGCCUAUAUCCAGAGGACAGCCAGCGCCCUGCAGAGAACUCCCCACUGAUCCUGGAGUCCAACAUCACACCAACAGUCCUGUUCCUGAAAAGGAUGGAGAUAGCCGGCCUCGGACAGUGUGAUUUCAUCGUCAGACCAGAUCCUGAGGGUCUCAUGCAGGCGCUGGAGGAGCUGGAUUACCUCGCAGCAUUAGAUGAUGAUGGAAACUUAUCUGAGAUUGGCAUCAUAAUGUCUGAGAUCCCGCUGGACCCUCAGAUGGCCAAAGCGCUACUGGCGUCCUGCGAGUUUGACUGUGUGUGCGAGAUGUUGACGAUCGCAGCGAUGCUGUCAGCGUCAAGCUGCUUCUUGGAGCCACCUGCUGGCAUGACCCACGAGGCAGUCCAGUGUCACAGAAAGUUCCAGCACCCUGAAGGCGAUCACUUCACCCUCAUAAACAUCUACAACGCCUUCAAACAAAGCCAGAGAGAACAAUAUUUCACUGCUGAAAAGUGGUGCCAAGAUUAUUUUCUGGAUCAUUCCGCCCUGAAGACGGCUGAGGCCAUUAGAUCCGAACUGACCGACACUCUUAAUAGGAUCGAGCUUCCCAUCUCUGAGCCCUCCUUUGGAACCAAGACCAACACCCACAACAUCAAAAGAGCUCUGCUGGCCGGGUUCUUCAUGCAGAUCGCUCGAGACGUGGAUGGAUCUGGAAACUACUUCAUUCUGGCACACAAGCACAUGGCCCAGGUGCACCCACUCUCCAGCUACGGGGCUCAGUCGCACAAGCUGGGUCUGCCAGAGUGGGUGGUUUUCCACGAGUACACCCUGUCAGAGAACAACUGCAUGAGGAUAGUCUCUGAAAUUUCCCCUCAAGUGUACAUUCAAGUGGCACCACUGUACUUUUUCUACAAUCUACCCCUGAGUGAAAGCAAAGACAUACUGCAAGACAUGUUGGACCCAGACGGAUCCAGAAAGUGUAAAGACGAGAAACAAAAAGCCAUCACAGUCAGCAGCGACGCGAACGGCAGCUGUGCAGCGGAGCCGCAGACCUACGACAGAUGUGUGAUUCAGUGAUCUGUAAUCUCAUCACCAAAUGUUGUAAAAUGUUUAUAGUCAAUGCAAACCAGGGCCUGGAAUAAUUGCAUUCAAGAUUGUUUUGAUCGUCACACACUCCUGAGCAAAGGUUGACUUAUGUGUGAGAAUGUUGGAGAAAAAAGUAGUAAAUCAUGAAGAACUUUAUUAGUUGUGGUCCAAUACAAUGGUUAUAGCCUCCUUGUGUCGAAACAUCCCUUUUCUACUGCUAUCAUGUUCUUACCUCCAUUCCUGCUGUUGUGCUCCUCAACACCGUCUGUCUGGAACUGUAAGCACUCUGAUGGCUGUUUAGAUUUUAAUGAGGCUGCAGAUGGAUGUUGUCUGUUGCUGUACUUUAAAGGGAGAAAAACAUCCCCUCACACCUCCUGUGCACAUAA